GAGCCUCAGCGACAGACGGACAGACAGCCUGCAGCUCGCCGACCUGCUGCCGCGCGGAGCCCCGUCUUCACCACCCGAGCCCCGGCGUCGUUUGGCUCCACGAGCCGGCUUUGGUCACGUCUGAUAGUUUUUUUCUUCUCGGGGGUUGGGGGAGAAAAUUUAUUCGGUCUUCGCGAGCUUUCCUUUCCAGUUGCCCCUUCAAGACGUAUGGAAAAAAUGGCCAGACCUCUGUCAAUAAACCCAACUUUUCUGCCGCCGACGCACGGAGUCCUGAAGUCCCUGCUGGAGAACCCUCUGAAGCUGCCUUUUCAUCACGAUGAAGGAUUUGGGAAGGAUAAGGAGAAAGAGAAGAAGUUGGAGGAUGAGAGCAACACGGCCAGCCACCCACAGUCGGCCUUCCUCGGUCCCACCCUGUGGGACAAGACCCUGCCUUACGAUGGAGAUGGCUUUCAGCUGGAAUACAUGGACCUGGACGAGUUCCUGUUGGAGAACGGCAUCCCCGCCAACACGGCGCAGGGUGACCAGGCCUCCCAGAAGCCGCAGCCGCCUCAAGCUCCCCUGCAGCAAGCCCCGCCUCCCACUCCGCCCACCCCGUCGGUGGUGGACCUCAGCAGCCGCGCCACCACGUCAGUUCACACAGCCAUGGCCCCUCAGACCUGCCUGCACAGCCCCAGCACGGCAGCCAGAGACACCCCCAGCCCCAUCGACCCCGAGUCCAUCCAGGUGCCCGUGACCUACGACCCGGACCCCGCAGACCUGGCCCUGUCCAGCGUGCCCGGCCAGGAGAUGUUCGACCCCAGGAAGCGCAAGUUCUCUGCCGAGGAGCUGAAGCCACAGCCCAUGAUCAAAAAAGCUCGCAAGGUCUUCAUUCCAGAAGACCUGAAGGACGAUCGGUACUGGGCCCGGCGCAGAAAGAACAACGUGGCGGCCAAGCGCUCGCGAGACGCCCGCCGGCUCAAGGAGAACCAGAUCGCCAUCCGGGCCGGCUUCCUGGAGAAGGAGAACGCCGCGCUCCGCAUGGAGGUGGCGGACUUGAGGAAGGAGCUGGGCCGCUGCAAGAACAUUCUGGCUAAAUACGAAGCCCGGCACGGGUCCCUGUGAGCCCCCGUCUCACCCCCCAUCUCCUCCUCUCCAGUUUGAAGGACAACGUGUCUCUUCUGGUGCCCCCCCCCACGUCUAUCAUAAGCUUAAUUUCAUCUGUUCCUGCUUUUAUUUUCUGAACACGUUUGAGAAUUUAUACACGGAUAAAUCUAUAAAUAUUUCCAUGUGCAUACUUCCUACUUUAACGUCCUGUGAGGAGUUACGAGCCAACACAACAGAACUCCCCCCCCCCCCCCCCCCCCCCCCACCUUAAGAAACACGCUGUUUGUUCAAACCGGUUUUCUACGUGAGAUCAGAACUAAAAACUGUUUCCCUGAUCCUCCUGCCGGCGCCGCCGACAGAACGUUUCUUCUUCAUGUUUCACCUAAAGCAACGUCUCAGAUCUUGCAUUUUUGAUAUCACUUCAUGUUUUUUGUUUUUUUUUUCUCGUGCAAUCGAGGCACAGAUUUGCCCUUUUUUUUUUUGUUCGUUUUAACACUUGAGCAAUAAUUUUAGUCCCGACCGAGCUUCGAUGUUUCUCCCCGCUUGUCGUCGUUAACCGGGUUAGUCUGCACUAACGAGCGUCUCACAAUCUGAUCCCAUGUUGCUUCAAACGUCCUCUGCCUCAUAUUUAUCUCCCUUUUUAUUUUUCAGAUGGAUGAUUGUUAUUUUUUAUAAAUAUAUAAACAUAUAUAUGUAUUAUGUUGAUAUAAUUGUUAGUAUUGACACUACUCUUACAGCUUGUUGUUUAGCCUCCUUUCAGAUCCAGCAUGGGUUCACUGGAUGAAAACUUGUUUUCUUCAGACUUGUUAAUUUCUCAGCUUCUGUUUAAGUUCAGCACGAUUAAUCCGAGUGUUUUUAUUCUACGAGUCAGUGCGGAUGUCUCCGAGCUCUCUCUGCGUCGCUGUGCGUUUGCCUUCUUUUUUUUUUUUUUUUUUUUUUUUUAAAAGAUGGCUGGUUGAAUGUAGAAGACGUUGGCGGAAGAGAAAACCCUCAAAGUUGGCUGGUGUUGUCCAAUACUGUGGUUGACCCGAUCAGUUUAACCGGUCCCCAUCAGAACCGACUUUAUCAGCAACAAGACACGUUUAUAGAAAGUUGUUCCUGUUUGUACAGUAUUUUUCUUACACACGAGCGAAUUAUGUAUUUUAAAGGCACAACAGGUCCAGAUAAUUAUUAUUAUUAUUAUUAAAAAGUAUAUAAGUAGAAAAAAAAAAAAAAGCAGAUGCACAUGUAGUGGUAUUUUAAUAUUGUAUCAUAACGUUUUACAGAGAUUUGUAGUAAAUCAAAACUUUGUGGGCAUUACUGUCAUCUUUACAUCAGCGAUAUGAUUUCCUGGUGUCACCUGCAGGCUUCCAUACCUGUUUAAAUCAAAAGAGAGGAAAUUGCAGCCCAGGUUGAAGAAUGUAUCUUUAGUUAGCACCUUUAAAAAAUUGGCAAGGAAUCCUAAAGUUUUUGGUGCAUGCACCUUCUGCAGAUCUCUGUCAUUGUUUUUGGGGCAGCUUCUCUGACCUGCUGGGACGACGUUACAAUGACGGAAGGGAAAUCUAUAGCUGGUUCUUUUUGCUGCUUUUUUCUGGGUGAAUGAGAAAUUUAGUUAACGCAGUUGUAACGAGUCCCUGAACACGAGUGAUGACCACCAGGAAGCGUUAAGCUUCCUGUGAGAUCCCUUAAAUGUUGUAGUGCUGUAGAUGUUUACCAGUCGGCCCAAGACGGGAACGUGUUGUUCAACGCUAAAACUGCGAGUUCUGUUUUGAUGUAUGGAAGUCCAAAUGUGCAAAUAUUACUUCUUCCCUCCCCCCACAUAUGCAUGCACUUAAACCAACCCAGAGCUCAUUAAUUCAUCUAAUAAUCUACACUUUUGGAAAUACCUGCCUUUUGGUUUGACCGCUCAGUAAUUUGAUGCAAUUUUGCCCAAAAAUGUGAAAACUUUUGCGUUCAGUUUAAAAUAUUGUUCCACGUGCACGGCUGCGUUUGUUGGCAACGUUGCUCUCCUUUAGUUUUUGUUCAUCCUGCAGACAAAACAGUUUUUCUUUAUUAGUUGAACACUUGGGUAUCUGGCAGGAAAGUUUUGUGUUUAAACUAAUUUUUUCUGUGCAUUUGAAGCUUUAUUUACCCAAAUUUUACUUUAGUUACAGCAACGAUUAACACAAAUACAAUGGCCUUUUCUUUAAUUUAGUGAGGUUUAAAUUCACUUUGAAGCUUUUCAGUUUGAUUCAUAACAUGUUAUUUUUGGUCUCCCCUCCUUUUUUAUUGUGGCACCUCUGGACUUCCAUCACUAUCCGAGUUUAAUCAGUUUGGUUCCUUUUACUUUAAAAGCAGCCGUUUGAGAGAUUUUUACCUGAACUCCAAACAAAGCCGACGUUCUCGUCUUGGCCUCCUUAGUUUGAUUUGAUCCAAAGCUGCGUGUGGAUUUAAGUUUGAAGCGCUUCAGAAUAACUGCACAGACGAUAGUCAGGGUUUGAUGCCUCCCAAAUUUUUUAGAGCAUCUUUUUAAACGUGAGCUGUACCAUAGAAACAGGAAAAAGCCAAUAUUUCAUCCACGAUAUCCCAAACGUUACCUCGCAGUCGAGUGACUUCACUACCUCACCUGGAAACGUUGACCGUAACUCUGAGUCCAGUGCCUUGAAUUCACCGACUGUUCUCCUCAGUCUCAGCUGUGUGAAGAUUUCACCACGGGUGGGUUCAAACGUCUGCGCCGACGGGCUUCUCGGUGCAUCCAAACCUGUAAAUUACGUUUUCAUGUAACCAUCGUAUUCAUGGCAACACCAACAGAUCGUUUCAGAGCGUUUAAAAAAAGUUCAGCUUAAAAAGGAGGAACUGUGAUGGAAUCGAUGCAGAACAUUUAUUUGUGCUGUUCAACCUGAAAACCUCUGUAAUUUUUAGUGUCCAAUAAAAAAAUCCCUGUUCUUUUCACGUUU